AUGUGCGGAAACGUAUCUCAGCUAAACUGUUCUGAAACUAACGUACACACUGAAGACAGUUGGAAACUUCAGUUGAAGGUUGAGGAUAUCAUUAUGGCAGGACUUUUCAGUUUAUUGGCUGUUGUCACUGUUACAACUAAUCUUCUGGUACUUGCCUCAUCAAUUUCUGUGAACCAACGUCUACGAUGCCCCACAUAUCUCCUUAUUUUAUCCUUAUCAGUAGCUGAUUUGACAGUGGGACUAUUGUUACUUCCAACUCGAAGUAUUGAGCUACUCUCGUACAGUUGGACAAGACAAUUUAUCUGGUGUAAAGUGACAUUGUGUCUCAAUCUGUUCAGUCUGAGCGCUUCCCUGCUAAAUCUCUUGGCAGUGACCUUUGACCGAUUUCUUGCCAUCUCCUACUCUUUAAUGUACAACACCAUGAUAACAAAACAAAGAAUGUACGUAGCAAUAACUGCUGUGUGGCUGACUGCGUUCUUCAUGAUACUAUUCCCGCUAUGCGGUGUUGGCAUAAAGCCUUCGGAGGAUUACCAUCCCCAAAGAGUAUGCAGCUAUGGCGAUCUACUGGAAAGAAAAUACCUGGCUCUUUUCUUUGCCUCAAUCUGCACAGUACCAACCAUGAUUAUAACUGUGGCGUAUUUUAAGAUCUUUGUCCUUGCGCGCAGUCAGGAGAGACGGAUAGCGUCAUUACAGGUGUUUGUGGACAGAGGCUUGGCCCAGUCUGCGGUUAGUAGAGGGGAUGGUCUUAAUAGAGAGUCCAAGGCUGCUAAAACAGUAGGUACGAUUCUUUUAGAUCUGUUUUCAGACAACUACUGGCCUGCAAGCAAUAGGUCUUUAAGGGCCUCUGGCACAAGCACAUAAAGUGUUUCUUGAUUUCACUCAUUUAGUUCUUUUCGGUCAAAAGAAGCCUGAAGACUGAGCUUGCUCGCAAGCUACAGACCAACAGAUUAUACUUCAUGCCUUUUUAGGAAAUUUUCAGUCACCUUUAACUCAGUAAGUGUCUCUCUCGUGACCAUACUCUUCGUUUGUAUAGUGCACAGGUCUCAACACUUACUUCCGACACCACAGUGAAACAAAAUCAAACAAACAAAUCAAAGCUCAACUCAAUGGUCCUUUUUCCUUAGUUCAGUCACAAAGUUAAUUGCAAAAUUAUCAUCAGUAUCACAAACGUGACAGUGCCAGCAUACUUUGCUUUCCCAUGAUUGCAUCGGUUUAAACUACGGAGCUACAAACUUAGCAUUAGGAUGUCAGUAAGAAGUAAAUGCUAUCGGAGUUGCUGCCAAGAGUAGAGAAAAGGGUUGACAUUUAUUCACAGAAAAUUUGCACUGAUAUCUACCUCGUUCCCAGUCGCUCGCGAUCUUCGGGGGUGAAAGGAGUGAUGGGAAAGGAUCACUCCCUGCUCGCGCUCUGCGCUCGUUCCCAUGAUCCCCCUCUCGCGCUUCCCACUUGUCUCUAGUCCUCUCGCUUCUCGCUUGUUCCGUGCUCCUUCUAAGCCUUGGGAAAGCUUAUGGAGGAGGCAGCACUGGCGGAUAUCUCAAGUUAGGCAUGCCAAAAAUUCUGAGACUGACUCAGAGAGAAGGAACCUCUUCUCUGAGGUUUCGAUAACUGUGACCACCAUGGAAAUGAUGAGUGCGGAUGUGAUCAAGCUGAAUGAUGACAUUUUCUCUCUAAGUUUUUGGGAAGAAAGAAAUAGUCUUUGAUCCCAGCCGGGCGAAAACUCAUAUAGUUUAGACUUUGACUAACUUUAUUAAUGUUUCAAAUCUUAAAACUGAAACUUUUUUCGUUUACUUUUUUUCUUAAAGCAAUCGUCAUCGGUCUGUUUUAUCUCUCCUGGAGUCCAUUCUUCGCUAUCAUACUCUUGGCAAUAUUCAGGAAUGAGGCUCCGCCUUACGCCUUUGUUUCUAUCACAACCUUGAUGGUGACCUCAAAUUCUGCCAUCAACCCCCUCGUUUAUGGCUGCCUCAAUCAAGAUUUUAAGAUCACGUUCAGGAAAAUUGUUCACUCCUGCCGAACUCACAUCCUGAGGAAACACAAGCUCUCGCCUCCAAUCGCUAUGGCAAUAAAGAAGUCCGAAAAACAGACCAUCACGGCUACUAUCCCAGCCACGCCCCUCGAGACGGUUGCACGAAGUAACCAUUCAGUUUUCCUCUUCUGA